AUGGCGGCGGCGGCCUACCCUCCAUGGGUAAUGUUGGAGCACUCCUGCGCGCGGGAGGUCCAGGGCUGCUCCUCCUCCAUUGCCGACACGAACACACUGGUGAGCUGCCGCACCACCAGCGGCCAUCCCAUCAACGUCUCGCUCUGCCUGGCGGCGCCCCCGGAGGGGUCGCGCGUAUGCGUCCAGCUUCCCGCCGGCGUCGAGGUGGACUACGCCGUGGUCCUCGCGGCACACGGCGACUCCGUGGUCGUCCAGGUCGCGGGGAUCACGAACCGCGGCGCGUUCUCCAGCACCAAGUCAACUGACCACUUCGUCUACAGCGCGGGCGACGCUGCCGCCGAACCCCCGCGGCCGCCGUCGCUGUCGCUGCUCCCGCCUCACUGCAUCACCUAUGAAGAAGACAAGCAUCGUUAUCUCCAGUGGCACUACCUGAGGCGUAGUCCCGAGUGUAACUGCCUGGAUAGUGAUAGCACAUUAGCACCGGCCUCCUGCGCCAUGGCGACGGCGAUUUCUUGGUGGCGGAGCUCAAGAUGGACUAUGUGA